AUGGCUCAACUGGGCCAUGUAUUUUCAAGGCCGGGUGGCACGGGCGCCGCAAUUGCGGGCGUCGCGACGGCUGCCUUGUUCCUAGGCAUCUACCUCCGGGUGCGACCAGCACUGGUGGAACUGCGGCCGUUGCCCGUUGAUCGCCAUAUAAUACGCGCGCGGACCCGGAAUGCAGCCUCAUCCACGGCCAAGGCGGCGGACACGAACGAUGCGCCGCCUUGUCCGUACCGUCUAGAUGAGUUCCCGGGCGGAAAGCAGCUUCGGACCUCGUUCGGCACGAUACAGGUAUUCGAAUGGGGGCCCGAAGACGGCGAAAAGGUCCUGCUAUUGCAUGGUAUCGGUACGCCAUGCAUUGCUUUGGGCGACAUGGCUCGCGAGUUUGUAGCAAAGGGAUGCAGAGUCAUGCUGUUUGAUCUUUUCGGAAGAGGCUACUCGGAUGCUCCAGCCGAUCUGCCGUAUGAUGAUCGCCUCUACACCACACAAAUAUUCCUGGCGCUGUCCUCAUCACCGCUUCCGUGGACCGGCACUUCUGCCUUUCACAUCCUGGGCUUCUCGCUCGGCGGCGCCAUCGCCGCCUCCUUUGCCACGUACCACGCCAACAUGCUGCGGUCCGCCACGCUCAUCUGCCCCGGAGGACUCGUGCGCCCCGUCCACAUCUCCUGGCGCAGUCGCCUUUCCUACAUGCAGGGCGGCCUCAUGCCCGAGUGGCUCGUCCAGCGCCUCGCGCGAAAACGACUACGACCGUCGUCGUCGCACCACACGAGCGUCGACAUUCCCGACGGCGCCGAGGAUGCCGACGUCGACUUUGACGCGGUGCCCGUCGCGCGGGAAGCGCCGGGCGGCCCCAAGGUCGGCGAGGUUGUGCAGUGGCAGUUUGACGGCAACGAUGGGUUCGUGCCCGCGUACGUCAGCACCAUUCGCAACGCGCCGGUUUAUGCGCAGCAUGAUGCGCUGUGGGCGCUCCUGGCGGACGAGCUGGCCGUGCGGAGGAAGACCGAGGCAGACCGUCCUGCAGGCCUGGAAACUGGUCGCAUCUGUCUGAUUGUGGCAGAAAAGGACCCUAUUGUCGUGGCGGCAGAGUGCAUCGAGGACGCCCGCGCUGUGCUCGGCGAAGCUGGUGUUGAUGCUCACAUAGUCAAGGGAGGGCAUGAAAUAGGUAUCUCGCGAGGCAAAGAAAUUGCCAACAUUGCCAUGGAAUCCUGGACGAAAUUUAGAAAGAAUUAG